UGAGAAAGGCAGGAGGCGAGCCCCUCCGGUUGCGCGUCAGCAUCCCCUCAAAUAGGAAUCCGUUGCUGUCACUUCUGCUCUACAUACUGAGAGACGGGCGACUGUUACCCUGAAACAACAAUCUGAAGGCGAAUUUCACUUGACAUGCAGCUGUUUUUGCAUGUGAUGCCAAAGAAGAAGAGUCAGGGGAGGCUGUGAGGAGGCUGGCGCUUCGCAAAGAAUGAUAGUGAGGAUCCAGGCGUGCUGUCCCAGGAGAACUCAUCUGAAGAGCUGGCCUCGAGAGACCGGGAUGCUCGUCUAACGCACCGGGGGGCGAGUUUUCCUGAGCAGACAGUCUGUGUGGCGGAUUUUGAGUUUGAUCGGAAGUGAGUGAGUAAGCGAGAGGGAGUGGGUGUCAUGGAGGACAAAGGAGAUGGAGUUCUCCCGAACACUACCUACCAAAACUUGCUGCUCCUGGGAGCCAUCGCGGCGGCGUCCGCCUUUGUGGUCACCAUCCUUAUUGUCCUUGUCUGCGUUGGCUGCCAAAAAAAAAGCAAGAGCAAGCACCCCCCAGCCGGAGAGAAAGGGACAUCUGUAAAUAUGCAGGGUUCCCUUCGACACCCAAAACUGAACUCCAUGAGCAAGUCUGACACCAGGCUGCAUGAGAUCAACCGCUUUCCCUGCAAUGGAAACUCUGUUGGCAAGAGCCGUCCAGCCAGCAUGGACCUCCUGCUGCUCCACAGUCGGCGCUCGCAGAACGACCUAAGACCCUCCCAUGGGCGCCAGCUUCCCCAGAUCCCCACCAGUCCCACGGGAUCUGGUCAGGGGGGAGGAGGGGAAACGGGAGGAGAUGGGGGAGGUGGCGCAGGUGGAGGAGGAGGAGGAGUAGGAGUAGGAGUAGUAGUAGUAGUAGGAGGGGAGACUCGAGACCACACCUACACUGAGGUGGGCAUCCGCAACAACCCCACCCCCACCCACUGCCUGGAUGACGGGCUGUAUGAAAGCGUAGGUGUCCGGGAAGGUGACACAGGCCCCAAGGUCCCCUCCGCCCCGCCGCCCUCCUCAAGCAGCACUCCGGCUACAAUCAGAGCGGCCCAAAGCCCCCCCGCUCAGGCCAACGGAGCUCGCAAUGGGAACGGUCAUGUGAAUGGUGGCAGAGGGAACGGCAGAGGUAAUGGCGUCAUUAACGGGACGAUGGCAGGAAGAGGUAAUGGUGGGAAUGGGGUCAACAGGUCCCCUCUGUCUUCUGUCAACUCUCUCGCCAUCCAAGAUCAAACUCCAGCAGAGUACGCUUCCAUACGGAAGUUCAGAAAGGUCGUCAAGACAAACAGGAAGGAAAAUAACGGUGCUGACAGCCAUUCAGACCAAUCGAGUGUGAGUGAUUCACCCUCUACAGCUCCUCCUCCACUUCAUCGCAGUCAGGAGUUUCCGCGCAAAGCACUGGAGCCGUUUCACCUGCAAACCUUCCCGAAGGAGCCAGUGUUCAUGGGCAAUGGGGAGCAGUACAUCUGGAAGCCUCCAGAGGAAGAUGACAUCAUCACCUUGCACCCUCCUCCACUCCGCGCAGAGAGUGUACAGGGGCACCCAUCACCCCCCACUGCAAAGGAGAUUGCAGACACCUACUCCAUUGUGUGUAAAACCCAGAAGAAGAAACCUCCCAUGGAAAACAACGGAUCAAAGACCCUCCCACGCUCCUUUGGCGGAGGUUCACGGGGCCGAGGCAGAGGAGUUCAGGGCCCGGCGCGUUCCCAGGAGGAGCCGGGUUACGAGCCGGUAGGAGACAGGUCCUGGCCCGAGUCUGACCCCGCGUACGCUACAAUCGACGCCCACCGAAAAAGGGAGCAGGGGGGAACCAAUAACAGCCCAGUUGGGGGUUCUGCCACUCUGAAAAGGAAGAAGCAGACGCCGCAGCAGGCAGCUCCAGCGGCUCCAGCGGCUCCAGUGGCUCCAGUGGCUCCAGCGGCUCCAGCGGCUCCAGCGGCUCCAGCGGCUCCAGCGGCUCCAGCGGCACCAGCGGCACCAGCUGCACCUCAGGGCUCAGGACCCACCGCCCUGCCUAGAGGCGUUCCUGGUGGGGAAAACUUCUACGAGACUAUCAGCGAUGUGAAACAAGGGGCCAACAGCUCCAGCACCACCACCAUCUUCACCUUCAAUGAUGGGAUGGAGAUGUAUGUCACUGGCCUGUAGCUGGCUGACAGGCAGAAAGGGCCCAGGACCCACUGGUACAGAGUCAUGAAAGGGACCCUCCUGUUCACCUGCCAACGUCUUGCUGUACAUACAUACAAGGCCCUCUAUAGACAAAAAACAUGAGGAUCCAUUUUGUGAUGACAUCAGGUACAAACAGGGUCUUAAUCCAGGUUCAGACAUCCCUACAUUGGUCUGUACUUCAGAACCAGCCUAAGCCUAGUCCAGCCCAAAUAUGGACCAAAUACGUUUUAACAAAAGAAAAAAGAUUAAGAAAACUGGAAUAUACAUCUUCAGUGUACUGUGUCACUGACCAUACUCACCUGUUUGUGUAUCAUUUUCCAUAAUAUCUUUAUUUUUAUAUGAACACUGUACUCUUCAAAAAGUAUGUGGUGUAACUCACAUCCUGAGAAGAACACACUUUAAUAUAUAUAUAUAUAUAUUUAAAAAAGUAAUGUAUGUGCAUGCAUUGUGCAAACACACACCUGAAAAUAGAAAAAAGUAGCAAGGAACAUUGUAGGUAUAUUGAGAGGAAGAGGCACACUGUUACCUAUUAUCAGACAUAUACACACACACACACACACACAUGCCUCAUUUUGGAGGGACUUAUGUAAUAAGCAGAUGGAUGGCACAGAGAUUUGUGGUGCUUAGCUCUCCCUAAGCAAACAUCUGAAACAGGUUCUCUGGUCGCUAUGGCCGGUUGCCGGGCAGACAGCAUUGUGGUGCUUUGCUCCAACACAGAAGUAAGCGAGGGCUAUGGUCUACAUUUAAAAAAAUUAAAAAAAAGGUUCAUCGUUGUGCUCUACAUAGCAGUUAAUAAUAUCGGCCCUUAACUUAAUAAUGUUCCAUCCAAUCAACAAUCAAUACUCCAAUUUGACAAACAUCUGUACCCAGAAGCAUGAUGACACACCCCAGCUCAGAUACAAACAUACUUGGCACAAUCAUGCGGGGUAAGUUGAGAUCAGGGGCAUCGAGAAGGUUGUGAAAUAACUUCUCCAAAAGGAUACGGGUGACAGAUUUCACAAUACAAAAUGUUCACUGUAUACAUCAUUGGGAACAUUUUGAAUAUUUAUAAAAAAUAAGGAAGCGAAAGAGUGCCCAAAAUAAUACAGGAUGUUUUAUCCUGCGCAGUUAAUAACAUGUAAUGUCCUUUGGGGACUGUAAACUGCUUAUUUUCUGACCGUUAUAAUUGUGCACUCGAUAGCUGCGGGGGUUUUAAUUUAAUUGCUCAUUAACAUGCUGUAAAGGGCAUUUCCAAGUACAGUUCUAAAAGGCAUCUAUGGUCUCAAGUCAUAGCUAGAGCUCCCCAAAGCUCACCCGACUAAAGUCUGGUGGUUGAAAUAGCAACAUAGGGCUUGGACUCCAAGGAAAAUAAAGAGCUGGGCAUGAAAAUUACCAGUGAGUGUCUUUGGAAGGUUGCCCCUCGCUCUCUCGCUACCCUCUCUCCAGCCUCUGCACCGAGUCCUCUUCCAUAAUAAACAAUGUCUUUUCCAUGUAGCUUUGGGGAACAUUAAAAAAAGAACAGAGGAAUAAAAACAAAAUAUCAGACGUUUAGUGAAUGGGCAUAAAGAUAAGGGGUGAAGAGGGAUAUAAAAUGCUUACCGAGCUGAAGGAUGCAUUAGAAAAAGCACACUGUGAGACAACCAUGCAAAGAGAAGACGGGUUUAGUAGGGUUAGUAAUUCAAUGAUAAAUGCUACUGUUUCAGAAAGUAUAUAAAAAAAACAAAUGCACUCUGUAUUUAAAUGCACUGAUUAUUUUGUCUUACCUACUGACAAUACCAUUGGUUAUAGCUCAUGCCACUGCCAUGAAAACAGUACGUUUGUGUUGUUGGUGCAAUUUUUUCCUGCUUGAUCAAAAAAAGUGCAUGCUUUGAUAUAUGGAGAUGUAAACAAAUAUUGUGGUACUUAUUUUAUCUCUUUGUUUGUUAAUAUUUUCUGUUGUACUUUUUUGCCAUGAGAUGCGAAGCAGCAUUCAGUUUAUUUUCCCAAAGCAGCAACCUGGAGGAGGAAGGGAGAGAAAUAGAAAGUGAGGGAGAAGCCGCUGGGAUUUUAGAGCGGAGCCUUGUUCAUCCUUCCGCUCUGGGGGAACAAGAAGGAGCGACAGAGGUGAGGAGGGGGACGAAGAACAGCUAGUAAAACUGGAUAACUGAAAAUGGACACGGACCCAAAGGACCCUCCCCCUCCUGGUGUGUAAUUGCUUGCGUACGUGCACACACACACGAAAUCAGGCCCACACUGCCAUGUGUGUUUCCAGUUUAGGGGAUGAAGCACAUUUUGCUUCCUUGCAUUUUCUCCCUCCCCCAGCUGUGUUCAUUCUCCAAUCACCUCUCCCUCGCUGUGUAGGGGAGGGGCCUUUGAUGUCCAGUUCUGAGGGACUCAGGGAGGGAUAUGAGGGGGGUGGGCAGAGGCUGCGGGGUCAGGCCAAACCCAGUCUGAUAUCAACAAUGCACCAACAGCUCAACUACUGUCUGAUAUGAGAAAUGGCCAGCAGCUGAUCGCUUUACAAGCUUUGUUGAGGCUUCCCUUAGACAAUGCUGGCUUGAAAUCGCUUUCACACCUAAUCCUUUUUCUCUGGCUGUCACAUUAUGUGUCACAUUUUCUUUAUCCUGAGCGAAAGCACUCAUCUGAUAUAUAUUGUUGAACACUGUUACAUACACUGAUCGAGACAGAUGUUCAUUGCACAAACAAAUACAGUAUGAUGAUGUAAAUGUGUAAAAUACUCUGUUGCUGUUCUGAUGUUGUUCUAAUGUAACAUACAGUAUACAGUAUAUUUGUUGAAAAAAAAGAUGGUUAUCACAGACACAUUGUACUUGUGGAUGCAAUAUGUUUCAUGCUUUCCAUGCAGAUACAGAUGCUGUUUGUUAAUUGUCUUCAGAUAUAAUUAUGGGCCAAAACUGCUGUGACAGCUGUAGCCAAUGUUGUAUAUUCUUAAAGCACAGGGUUUAGUUGAAAAAAUAAUGAAUAUAAUAAAAUAUAGUGUGACAGUGCAGAUAUGCAAAAGAUUGUAAUGUUUUAUAUUAACCUUCAUAAAAUAUUAAAGUGAGUUUUUACUUUUCUAAUAAAGUGGCACAUUAUAACGUG